UACAGGAAAAAACGGGAUGGGAUACAUUAUUUAGAUUUAAUUUAUAUAAUUUUAUGCAUAAAAUAUCAUGACUAUACUCCCCGGGGGCACAUACAUGAGUUUUGUUUCAGCUUCACACAUAAAGUACAAAACCAAGACCACCUUUGUUCAGAGUAACUCCUCUUUUUUAAUAUACACUCUCCGAUAUGUCGUGACGCGUUACGUUCGACGUCGCGCUCGAACCAACCAAUCACCUCCCGUGGUUCAAGGUGAGUCACGCAGAGUGCGUGCUGUUGACGCCGCUGCUGGUUUUAAAAACACUGGGAUAAAUCCUCCGUCGUGUUUGGACGGUGUUUUACCGGAGAUGAACAGCGUCGGGGAGGCCUGCACCGAGCUGAAGCGGGAGUACGAUCAGUGCUUCAACCGCUGGUUCGCCGAGAAGUUCCUGAAGGGGGACCGGAGCGGGGACCCCUGCACGGAGACCUUCAAGAAGUACCAGCGGUGCGUUCAGAAGGCCAUCAAGGAGAAGGACAUACCGAUCGACGGGGUGGAGUUCAUGGGCCCCAACAAGGACAAACCGGAGAGCUGAUGGAGAGGAGACCCCGGACCGGUCAUCGGCACCGACACCGAUACCGAAACACCGCACUGACCGGGCACUGUGUCCACGAGGCCCACUGAGCAUGCGCAGAAGCUGAUGCAGGAAGCGGAAGCUGUGUGUUUGUGAUAGAGAGAGUGUGGGGUUUUUUGUUUUUGAUUGUUGUUUUUUUUUAUCAGCUGCUGCUUCUAUUUUUGAGUUUAUUUAAUAUAAGGAGUGCGCGUGGCUGGAUUAACCUCCUGGAGCUGAAACUAUUGAUCACUUGAUUGAUUAGUCGAUCGACAGGGAAUGAUCGAUUAAUCGUUUGAGACGUUUUUCAAGCAUAAAAAUGCCAACAAAGUGCUUGUUCCGGCUCCUCCAGUGUGAGGAUUUUGAACUAAAUGUGUUCGAGUUGUGGACACAGAAGACGACGACAUCAGUCUAUCAAUCAACAACUAAUAAUCAAUAAUGAAGAGUAGCAGCAGCGACAGCUGGUUGUUGUUUUAUUGUUUCUUUUCUAGCAGUUUGGAUUGAUAACCUAACCUGAUCUUUCAUAACACGAUCAGUCAAAUCAUAAUCAAUAAAUAAUAAUGAUUAUCUCCCAUAA